CUUGGCAUCGGUUGUGGCACUGGAAUCAUGACGCAUGAGAUUGCCUACAAGUAUCCAGAGGCUACUGUCACGGGCAUAGAUCUCUCUGUCGUUCCUACAAUCCGCCCCGAGCUCCCGAAUAUACACUACCUGCAAGGUGAUUUCAACGAGCUCUUCCAGGCGGGUAGAUCGAAUUCUGAAACCGCCCAGUACCAACCCGAGAUCUUGGAUUACAUAUUCUCUCGUCUCCUCGUUAUAGGUAUGCCGCACUGGCAGUUCUAA